UCCUAAUACCUGCACCUUUGUGAUUGUCGCGGGUUUCAAUCGCGAAGAAGCUUGUUUCGAAUGAUGGACGGGCCUAAACAAUUAGACGAGGAAACUUUGCAAGACCUCUACGCGUGGAUAGACAAGUUACCACUCUCGAGACCCAAAAGGAAUAUAACAAGAGAUUUUAGCGAUGGAGUUAUGACUGCAGAAGUAGUGAAGCAUUUCUUCCCUAAGCUGGUGGAGCUGCACAACUACACGCCCGCGCAUUCCACGCAACAGAAGCUGAGUAACUGGAGCACCCUCAACAGAAAAGUUUUCUCCAAGCUGAACUUUCAUAUACCCGAGGAGACGGUGAAGAAUAUUGCAGUCAGCACAGCAGGCUACAUCGAACCAGUCCUUUGCUCUCUGAGAGAAAAGAUAGAGGAGAAACGAGCGGGGAAACAAUUAGAUGGAACACAGGACUUAGAAUAUUACAGCACUACAACUGGACAGUCAAGACCAGAUAAGCAUCUGAUGGUUUUUGGAGCCACUCAUGCCACCAAUCCAGCCACUGUGAAGAAGAAAGACAAAGUCAGUGCCGCUGCAGCCUUGAGACCAAAUGUGGAUCCAGGUGUUCGUUUGCUCUUGGAGGAAAAGGAGCAAACCAUUUUGGCUUUACAGGAGACUGUUGAGAUUUUACAGAUUAAGGUAGACCGAUUGGAGCAUCUUGUGCAUCUUAAGGAUCUACGCAUCGAAGACUUGACAAAGCACUUAGAGCGAUAUAAGGCACGCAACUCGUGAUCUAAUUAUUAGCAUAUAGAUCCACCAUCAGAAUUUAAUUUGAGGAAAAGCAUACGAUAUGCAUACUUAAGACUCAUAAUAAACUGUUACAGAGAAAUUAAAUAAUCUAAUAUUCCUCACCUGUUUUCUGAACUGUGAUUGUUGGCACUCAGAAAAAAAGCUCUGAUGUCAAUAACUAGCAUAUUUUAUCUGCUGAGACCAUCUACAGGAUUUUAUGUACACUUGAGCCCACCAGACUUUGGCACUAAAGUUUUUGUGGGGAGAUUUCAACAGUUCUGUGGAAGAUUUACUUUAGUCUGAACAGUAAGUGCAAUUACUAUGUUAUACUGUAAAAAAAAUUUAAAGACGACUUAACUUCCAAAACAAAGGGAAGACUGAGGAGGUUCAUUCAAAACAAUACGGCUACAUAAUCAAUGUAACACAAAUUAGAAAGUCGGCAUGAAAUCAAAAUUAUUAUUUUUUUAAUUAAUGUGCCCUUAUAAUCUUUAAUCAAAACGUCAACCAUCUCCUCCCCUCUUUCGGUUACGAGCGAUGGCACAAGGGCGUGACUAUCGGUGUAUUCAGAUCUGCUUCCAUUUUGUUAGCAACACUCUGGAAAUCUGUCUAUCUUCCAACGAUCCAAUCAAUUACCGUAUGACGAAAUCAAGAAAAAUCAAUUUCUGCGUGUUUCACAAUCAGGCAAUCAAAAUGAUCCCCCUGCCCUUAAACCUACCCUCACUAUGACGUCAGCCAAUCAGGUAAUAUGGUGUAAAACGCCCUGAUUUGGUAACGCCCAUUACAUCGCCUGCAGAGACAUAUUCUUGGUUUCACUCGGAUAUAUGUCACAGUAAAGAAAAAAGCACAAUCUCAAAACUUCCUUUUCAUGCUGACAUAAAUAAAGUAUUAUUUUUUGUUGUUAUGGGCACAUCAGAAGUUUUAUUGCAUCUCAUGACUAUGUUGUUUAUGAAAUAAUGUUUGUGUCCGUGCGUGUAAAAUAAAAAAAAAUGACGAUUUAUAUAUAAUCAUGUGUGACUGUAGUGACACUAGCUGAACUAGUGACUAGUUGUAGCUGGAAUAAUAAUAAAGUAGCUGUAAAAAUAUUUGCCUGCUGAAACUGAAAUGUAUACAUCUUCAUCGUGACUAGAUAGACACUCAAUUUGUCUUUAAUAUAACUGACACAUUAGAUGUGAUUCACUUCAUGGUAAAAAUCCUGUCAGAUCCUUGGAGUGAAUGUACAGGUCGGCCAAUCUGGUUUCUUCUAGUUAAGCUUUGUUAUGGACGGUGGAUGGUGCUCAGGUGAUGACCGAGUAGAUCUGAUGUCACAUUUUUACGGAAGUCACAGCAGCUCGUGAAAAAUCACAGCCACGUUAUACACACUGUGUGCAGUUAGGAAAUUUCAGAUUUGACAAUAUGAGACAUUUUGAGUUUCCUCAAGUUUGGACCAAGUUGUUUUCUCAAAUUAAGUCACUGAGUAAAGUCACAUGUCUCUUUUUUGAACAGCUAAUAAACUUUAUUAUCUUAAAUGUGGACGAGAUUAAUGUUUUUCUGUAUCUUUGCAGUUUUUUGUUUUUUUUUUACAAACAAUAGACAUUAAUGGAUAAGUUAAUAACAAUAAUCCUAUAACAGUAACUGCAUAAUUUAUUCAUGCUGAAAUGCUUGCUUGGAACUCACAAAGCCUGAACAUUUCAAUAAGAUGAAAUUAUUGUAGGUCUGACAAGGGUCAGUUUAUGUAGUUUAAAGAAAAAUGCGCAGUUCCAUUUUUACAGUGCAGUAUUUCCAUUCAUGUAGAAUUAUUUAAUAUUAUUUUUAGCCACUUUUAUGUAACAGUAGCUGCUUUUCCACUGCAAGGCUGAUAAUGGAUUUAAUUCAAAUUCAAGCUUUUGUGUAUUUUGACAGCCUACAUCAUAGAUGGACACUUCUGUGAUUUAGGUUAAAAAUGUUAUCGUUAUCUACAGUACAUGCACAGUUCGGUGGGUGGUGCUAAAUAGGCAGUGAUGUAGAAGCAGGUGCUGAUCUUCUUCUAUGGAGGUGGGGUUUAGCCACACCAUUACAUCAUAAGGUGUCACACUCUAUAUAAUAUUCAUUUUUUGGUUUCAAUAUAAGCUGUUUGUUCUCAAACUUACAGAAUGUUUUUUAUAGUAAAGUGACCUCUUAUAUGUCAAAAGAUCAAGGGAAUUUUGAUUUCUUAGUUCAUGUCACCUUUAAAUAAUAAAAUAAAAUAUUUAAUUGUUUUCUAAUAAUAAUUUCUUAGGCUUCAUUGUAUUUUGGACUUUAUCUGAGCAAAACAUUUUUUCAUAAUUCACAUAAUAUUAUUAAGACCUGUAACAUGGUCUGCCAUGUUUGGGGUUUAUGUUAGACUGAAUGUACAGAGUUUAAAAUUAAUUUCAUUCUGACCUCAGCAUGGAAACUGAUGCUUAAAAUACUAAAAUAUCCUAUGCAGACGUUUAUCCGGAAAUCUGUGUUUUUGUGGUCAAGUUCAACUUCUCCUUUACUUAAGAAUACAUAUCCUAACUCCUUUGACACAGGAAACAUGCAUUAACAGUGCAUGUCAGACUGUGAUCAGUUGAUAGAAGCAGGUCACUUAUAACUCUAAUGAGAGCAGUCUCAGUACUAAGGCAUGGUCUAAAUCCUGACUGGAAGUCCUUACAAAUACCAUUGUUUCUUUAAGAAGGAAUAUAGUUGUAAAUUGUGAGAUCUUUUCUAGAUCUUUGACAGAAAAGGGAGGUUCUGUAAACGUGUUUGGGGGUCAAGGUGUGGUUUUUUUUAAUGAGAGGCUUAACAACAGCCAAUUUGAAGGUUUUUGGGGACCUAUCCUAAUGUCAAUGUUGAAUAAUUAUAAACAAGAGAGAAUCUAUGACUUCUGGACUUUAAAUAGUUUUGAUGGAAUAUGGUCUAAUAGACAUGUUGUUGGUUUAGAUGGUUUAACAAGUUUGUACAACAGAAUGAGUGGAAAUUUUCUGCAGGGGAUCUAUAGCUGACGGCUGCAUGUUUACAAUUUUAUCUCUAAUAGUAUCGAUCUUGGAAGUAAAGUAGUUCAUAAAGUCACUACUGCUGUGAUCAUGGGGAAUGUCAGCACCUGUUGUUAUUUCUCAUUAUUUCUGAGUAAAUAUCAGGGAUUAUGUUUAAUCAGAUCUAACAGUUUUUAAUGCUUUUCUGUACAAUAGAGUACUUUCCCGCCAAGAAAAAAAAUUCUGGUCUAGCGAGUGUGUGCACAGAUACUACAGGUUGUGCUAAAAGACCGGCAAAAUCCACAUAUUACCUCCUAUAUAUAUUUACAGGAUUUAUAAUAUCACUUUAAAUGUAAAUAAGACUUACACCGCUAUUAUUACCAUACUACGAAAGAGAGUUGUUUUGUGUUUAAAUAAAUAGAUCCCCAUGGACUAACUAACCACUGAUGCUGAAUUAUUGCACACCGCUGUGUACAAAUACAAGAUUGCUUCAUUCUUCAUUCUUUCUUCUGUUGAUUAAGUGGUUCAACAGAAGAAAGAAUGACGAAUGAAGCAAUCUUGUAUUUUGAUACAUUUUCACACAUCGGUGUGCAAUAAUGUAGGGAGGAUGUUUUCUCGUGUAUUCUAAAUGUUUUUCUAGACAAUGUUAUAAGCAGUCAUACUUAAAGCCUGUCCUCUGAGAAAUACUGAGAAUAUUGCUAUACAUUGUUGCAACACCUCCCCCUUUACUUUUUGAACGUGACUCAUUUUUAUAACAG